AUGACACAACCACCGAUAUCCUCUCUGAUCCGACGAUAUAGUAUGAAAGCAGAGCACGAGACGCCUCACAAUCCGCUCACUCAGGCUCUAAGCUCUACGAUCAAACACCAAGAUGAAUUAGAAAGGCAGUCCCAGCGCCAGGCCGAAGAAUGGACCAAAUGGCUCAAGUUCGGGGAAGCUACAGACGACGCGGGUUUGAAGCGGUUAGAUGACGGUCGCAGGAGCAUUGUGGAGAUUUGGCAGCGAUUUAGGGAGCAUCAUCAUGAACUUCCAGCAGUGGGCGCCGGCCAGCUCGUCCCAGAGGUACCGAAUAUUACAACGUUGAGAAACAUCGUCCAAGACGCCCAAGUGGAAUGGCAAGCUAAAAGAAGUAAAGGAUUGGGAAAGAUCAAAAGUUACGUUGCAGACUUUUUGGAGAUGAUGGACGAUCAUUCUUACCUGUUCAAAUUCAUUCCGACCGGAGAUAAAUACAUCAGCCUCAUCACGGGUGUCGUAUCGUCGGUUGUUAAGAUAUGUGCCAAUUAUAAGCGAAUUGCUGAAGGGUUCUUUUCCGCCUUGGUUGACCUCAGCAGUGAUGUGAGGCUGGUCCAAAAGAAGACAGAUAUCUGGGACAGCCCGGACAUGAGGACGCUCGUGGUUGACUACUACGUGAUGGUCUUCGAAUUUCUCUGCAACGCAAUGUCAUGGUUCAGUCGACCACGUCAUCGAUAUCGGACGAUCCUGGAUAGGAGUUCCUAUGAUCACGAAGUCAGGGACUUGAGAAGCAGGUCUUGGGAAUCAACAGCAAGCUGGGCCAAGUUCUGGUCAAUUGACGCCUCUGGUAUUGAUGUCUCUGGCAAAUUUCUCUAUCUUCACGUUGUGGGGAGUGGAAGUCGUGGCGAUAGCCGGGAUGCGACGCAGGCGAAGCUCCAUCACUUCGGUCAGCUUGUAGGAUCAUGUUCGCUGGAAACUCUGCAGGACAUUGAGAAAAAUGCAGAAUACGUUCGACAGUCGGUGACGAUAGGUGAGAAGCCGGUGAGCCCGAGAGAUGUUCAGCCGAUAGAUGUUCAGAUUGCAGAAGUCGAGACAUUGAAAGAUGAGUCAGACUCUGACGCGGACAUGACUUGCACGCGCUACGACAUUCAGAAAGCCACGUUGUCAUUCGCAGAAUACACAGAGGAUGGCAGAGAAGAGCUUUCCAAUGCGCUCCGGGGAAACCCAUCUUCAUUGCUUCCACAGGAAGUGUUGGGUGAGAUUCAGAACUGGGUGCGGAGCCCCCAAUCCAAGAUGAUCUGGAUAGAGGGGGAUCCUUUGUCCUCUUAUGGUUCCAAUCUCUCCUUGGCAGCCAUGCAGCUGUGCGCAAUUAGCACCAGGGCACAUAUUCCCUAUAUCUCGUUCUUCUGUAAGCCAAGGUAUGAUUUUGCCACGAAUUUUUCGAAUCAGGAAGCCUCUGUCAUCGCGUUGUUGCACACCAUCAUCGCACAACUUACGCGUCUACUUCCCGCAGACUUCCACGGUGCUCCGAUACUCCUGGGGCAGUUUGAACUUCUUGACGGGGCGAUAGGGACUGCCUCCACUGCAUUGAACAUAAUCAGAGAGCUCUUGGUGCAUGCACCGCCAUCAAUUAUCUGGGUCAUUGAUGGACUUCAUCUGGCAGAGAACAGCAGUACCAUUCACAUCCUUGACGACUUUGUGGCCAUACUGCGUGAGCAGGAGAGGUUCCGGCUUUCCAAGGUAUGCUUUACGACUGAUGGAAACAGUCAUACCUUGUUGCCGGCUAUUAUGGUGAAUGAGCGAGUAGACGCCUCCCGAAUGGCUCUAGCAGGACCUAGAAGACACUUGUAUGGAGGGGGGGACAUCUUUGCCGAGAUGAAUAGUUGGUGA